CUUAGCUUGUUUCUACUACGUAUAUAUUUAUUGUUCCCUCAACUCACACUCCCAUGCACCAACACCAACUACUAUACUUCUUUACUUCAAGUACAAUAUAUUGUUAAUUAUUCGUACACACAAAUUUAGCUUGAAUGAUUAUUGCAUUCAUUUAAUUAACUAGUAAUAACAGACAUAAUAAUAUAUCAUGGCGACGACUUGUCAAGCUGGUGUAGCAGCAGUGAUCCUAGUAGCCCUCUCCGUGGUUGUUGCUUCAGCCCUUGCGGCUGGGCCCGACGACUUAUCGAGGGCUUCCCAUGUCGUCCGGGGCACCGUCUCCUGCAUCGACUGUCAUGAUAAUGCCGCCGGCCAUCAAUACCAUCUUUCAGGAAUCAUGGUAUCCGUGAAGUGCGGUGGCGGGAAGCAGGGCACGGUGGCAACAACAAAAGAAGACGGCAGCUUUGAGACGACGACCUCUCAUAAUUCACAGCCGCCGGAAUCCGGAGGCUGCCAUGCCAAGAUUCUUGGAGGAGCCCAUCAACUCUAUGUUCCAAAGGAAACCUCAUCAGAAGCAGCUAAGACGACGGCGGAACCACCAGCUGGCCACGGCGGCCUCAGCUACACAAUCGUGGAGCCGCUAAGGUUUUACACCCGAUGCCCCAACAAGAAAUGUGAAGCUGCGGCGGGUUCGGAGUUCGGGUCGUCCAAGCCCAUUGAUCUUCCUGACCCCAGUGAAUGGGGACUUGCUCCCACUAACUAUUACUUGCCUUUUAUUCCCAUUAUUGGCAUACCCUAAUUACCUUUUUUAUUAUUAUUAUUAUUAUUAAAUUAUUUGUAUUAUU